CUAUCUUUCCUAUAUCUCUUUUUCUUAGAUACACCCAUAGGUGAAGCCGAGCGCACAUGUCCUAAAUCGAAAUUAUAGUUUUUCAUUUUCUUGUUAAUAUAUACCCUAGUGUAUGUAUAAAUAUAUUUGAUAAACUCAAAAGUGGUGAAGUCAUUUGAUAACGUGUAUGUACAACUUGUUCCUAUAAAUUCUGAUCUCCCUAUCCGUUCAAAAUUAAUAGCAGAGAGAAGAGACUUGAGAAGAAGAAGAAAAAAAAGAAGAGAAACGAGAGAAGAAAGACACAGACACACACACACAAGUUCACUCUACUCAAUGGAAAUGAACUCCCCACACGAUAAGGCGGUGCAAGCUAUCCUUUAUGGACAUAGCUGCGCCAUGCGGUUGAAGAUGCGACUCGACCAUUCAAAAAUGGCUGAGAGCGGACCGGUUUCAAGUUAUGAUCUUGCUAAAUCGAUCGUCGAUUGCUUUUCCAAUGCCAUUUCAAUCUUAUCUGUUAAACCAAAAUCCGAAGAUGAACAGUUUUCUGAUUUAUCUUCAAGGGAUUCUUCUCCUCCACCACCACAGGGGAGCCCCUCCAAGAAAAGGAAGAUCGAAAGUACAAAUUCAAGUGCAAAUUGGAGGGACGAUUCACCGGAUCCGAUUUACUAUGAUGGGUAUCUUUGGAGGAAAUAUGGCCAAAAGUGUAUUAAAAAAUCUGCUCACCAAAGGAGCUACUAUAGAUGUUCUUACAACAUAGAUCAUAACUGUGGAGCAAGAAAGCAUGAACAAAAGAUCAAAGACAAUCCUCCCGUUUACCGAACCACUUACUUUGGCCAACACACUUGCAAGACCAAUCAUAAUCUGGAUGCUAUUUUUACUGCCGUUCAAGAACCCGUAGAUGAUUUGAAAAGUGCCCAAAUGAUCAGGUUCGGAAAAGAUAUCGAUCAGGAGAAGGAACACCACUCAAAUGGUUUCUCCUUGUCAGUUAAACAUGAAGACGAAGAGAGCAUCAGAGAGCAAACCAUGGAUCAGUACCAUGAGAUGGCCAGUAAUAACCAAGAUUGUCAACAUGUGAUUAAAGAAGAUCUAUCGUCACCAUCAGGUUCUUAUCCUCCUCCAUCGUCAUCUGGCAGUGAAAGUGCUGAGUUUGACUCAGAUUUGUUAUUUGACAACCAAGACUUGUGGGAUCUUUAUGAUCAGUUUAACUUUUGAUUGUGCUUAGAUUUUUCAGCUAACUAUUUUUAGAAAUGUUUUUUUAUAAUGAGAAUCUGUAUUUGAGAGUUGUGGCUAUUUAUGUUAUUGAAUAGUUCUGUUGAGCAGAGGUAGAUUAUGUAAAAUCGGAUUUUGUCAGAUUAAUUGUCUACCAAGUUUUAAUA